AUGUCCAGAAGCCGCUACGAUGCUUAUUCAUCAUAUAGUCCAAGUGUAAGUAAAGCUUUACCAAAACUAACCUUUCUAAUCAAUUUUAAAAAAACUAUUAUAUUACGUUGUUCACAUAAUUCUGAGCCCUUCUCAAAGCAAAUUUUUGAGAUUAGAAAGCACAUAAUUAUUUGAAGAACCUAAUAGGCCUUUUGGAAACUAUAAGCUCAUUACUUUUUGUACAACUUGAUACAUUAAUUACAAAAAUUUUUUUACAACUAAAAAGCUAGGCUAUAUCAAAAUUACUAGAAAUAGUUUUUUGAUUUCAGUCCCGAAUAAGCUCAAGUUAUCGUGCUGGCAGCCAUGAAACUCUUGCCGGAUCUACAGUACGGUCAACGUCAAAGUACAGUAACACAACAUCGAGUCCACGAAAUUAUAUGAGUAGUUCGUACACAGCUCCGUCGUUGUCUAGGUAGGUAACUUCAUAGCAUAUUAUGUUUAGGUAAUAUUGCUCAUUGAUCAAAGUGUAGUAAGCUUAGUAUCGUAAGAUAUGUAAUCAAACUUGGCAACUUUACUAUGUAUUUAUAUGUACCUAUUAUAUUAUUAUACUAAAUAAAAUUCUUAAAAUUUAAAAAAAUGUAAAAUACGGUUAACCAAGUUUUUCAUUAUAAACUUGUUUAAAUAAUUCUGUGCCCCAUCUCAAAGAAAACUUUUGGGUAAGAGGGCACAGCAUUUGUUAAACAACCUAAUACUUUAUGAUAAAAGUAGUACUAAAGUGCUUUUUUCAGUCAUAUAAAUUCAGUUUAUGACAUUUACUUUUCAGGAACAGCUCGACAUAUGGAUCAAAGUCAAGUCUCACAAAUUAUGGCACUACUUUGUCAAGUUCGACUACCAGAACACCAUCUUCACCUCGAAAGACUUACAGUUUUGGCGCAGGUAAGUAAAAAUUUACAUUAAAAAAACCUUUUUUAUACAUGUUUUAGUUUAACAUAUUACACUUAUCCUAAUUACAUUUUUUAAAUGUGUUAUACAUGUCAAAUAUUUUUUCAGAAAUGAGUAAAUCCUUGACAGAAACCAAGCCUUCUACAGCUUCUACCUACAGUCUCAACAACCUGUCUUCGAGUACGUACGGUUCGCUGUCAUCGUACAGAAGAGAGCCGUCUUCUACCCGUGAUUCCACACUAGGUUACGGUAGUUCUUACAGUAAACGUGACACUUCAAGUUUGCGAGAUUUGGACAAGACAGACAGUAAAUCAUACGGUAGACAAAAUUACGGUAGAUUUGAAAAGUAUGGUACGAGGGACAGUUCUACAGUAAGAUCUGAUGCCUACAGUAAUAGAGAGAGCUCCACCGUAAGAGCUGAUGCAUACGGUGUAAAAGAUAGUUCUACAGUAAAAAGCAGUGACAGUAGAUACGACCUGAGUAGUCUACGAGAUUCACAACGAUCGUACUCAUCCAGUAGAGACAAUCUGCAAGCUACAUCUUCCAGAAGUUCACUGUACGAUCUUCACUCAAAAAGAGCUACAGAAUCGGCUACAAGAGAUACAUCUCCACGAAGCUUGACCUCAAGCUUAUCAUCGUCAAGAUCAUUUGGAAACCGUGAUAUCAGAAGCGAAACGUCGCCAAGUAAAGAUCUAUAUACGUCGCUUAACUCUAGUAACAAAAAUCUAUCAUCGUACAAUGCCUACAGAAACAGUAGCACCACAUUAAACAGUACCACACGGUUAAGAGAUUCUUCUGUCAGGUCACAAUCUCCACGAGAAGAAGCGACGACUUCUAUUCUCAAAGAUACCUCGAUAAUGGGAAGAUCGCUCAGUCAGUUAGACAAGGUUUACAGCUCUAUAAACAAUGUGCCUUCUAUGACACAAUCUCUAUAUUCUACUAACAAUGACAUGUUUGUCCACAAAGCUCAGCCCAAGCUACGAGUAUCAUUCGCCAAUCUACGUGAAGAUGACAAGAUAGAUAGACGCUCGAAUCUACUAGACAACGAUAGUCAUGUCGGUCAUAACGCGUCACAUGACAAUCUAAAAAGUAUUUUAAAAGAUACCAACUGUAGUGGACUACACAAAACUGACAGUAUCAAUGAAAGUAAGGGCACUACAAGUAAUAGCACAGAAAACCUUAAGGGGAUUCUAAAGGAUACGAAGCGAGGUAAACAAGGUGAAAUACGAUCAGUGCUAAAGAGGACGACAACUUUUGAUUUACCGAGUAAAGAAGAUGACAAUGCUACAGACAAGGCGACAUUGAGAAUGACAAGUUCUUAUAACGAGGACAGUCUGAAGAGUAUUUUAAAAAACGAUGAUUUCAAAGCGACAUCAAGUUUGACUUUGAAUUCUGGGGUUAAACUGAAUGGUGAUAAGGCGAAUGAUAAUGUAGAAGACUUACCUAGAGCAUCAUCUACAAGUUAUAUACUGGAGAAGUUGAAGAAACGAUCAGAAGAACGAAGGGCGGCUAGACUACUUAAUCGGACUGAAAAUAGAACAGAUGACGUUAAGACGGAUUCUGAAGUUGCUGGAAGUACUAAUAUCUUUAAAAAUUCAGAAAACAAUACCAAGACAAUGAAGAACAACAUAUCAACAUCCCAGGCAAACAGUAAUGCCUACAAACCGAAUACAGAAGAAAGAACGAUGAAUUCACUACCCAAAUCCAGAAAAUCAGCCAAAAACCAAGCUUUGUACGAUGAAGAAGACUAUAUAGAAACCCGACACGUUACCCGUCAUCUGAUGAAUCUUGGCUCCACGAUGGAGAGGAUCGUCAAAGUAAUAGCUACACCUAACAGAAGCUUCGUGAAGAGAACGAUGGAACAGCCAAAGCCAUCCAAGACGCCUGUCAUCGACUCUCUGCCCAAAAUCGAAAGUAAGAUUUGUGUCAGCUUUACAACUUACACCAUUAUACAGUAAACUACUCAUACUAUAACAUGUACUACAUAGAGUCAAAAGUUGCUUGAUAUAUUUGUACUAUUAGGCAGCAUUUGACUUUAUUUAUUUUAAUAUAUUAUUUUGUUUAUAACAUUAUUUAUUUGAUAAUGUACUUAUUUUGCUGUAUAAACAUUGCCGCAAGCUUGUCAAGUUUAUUCUACUAAGCUUUGUAACAUCAAAAGCGACAUAAAGCUGAUGCGAAAAGAAUGGCGUAAUUCGACAGUUUUCUCAUGGUGAAGACACUGAAAAAAAAAAACUCGAAAUUCUCUUAAAGAGCUAUUCUACACAUUUUUUGACCAUGCGUACAACAAAAAAAAAUAUUUUUAUGUGCGCCAUUCUUUUUGCAUCAAGCUAGAUUAACUUCAAAUUUUUUAAAAAAUCAUUUUUACUCACAAAAAAAUCAAUUUUAGCAAAGAUAGCACCACGAAUCACCACCAGCACCUCCUCCCCAUUACAGAAAAUGCUUAAGUUGGUCGAUUUCGACCAGUCGAAUUUCCAAAAAAGUGCCAAGAUUCUAGAACAAAAGAAGAAACUGGAAGAAGAGAAGAAACGAAAAGAAGAAGAGAAACGAAAACAACAAAAAGAACAAGAAGAAAAGAUAAAGAAGAAGCGAGAGGACGAAGAAAAACAGAGAAAAGAGCGUUUGGAAGAAGAGAGAGUCAGACGAAAAAGGGAAUUGGAGGAACGAUUCAGAAGACAGGAAGAAGAAGAGAGACAAAAGGGAGUGGAGAGAGAGGAGAGACAGAGAAAGAGAGAAGAGAGUAGGAAGAAGAGAGAGGAGGAAGAGAAACAGAGAGAAGAAAAGUUUCUACAGAGAAAGAAAGAUGAGCUUCUGAAGCGAAGACAAGAGGAGAAGGAGAGACAAGGUAAUGGUAAUAGUGUUAAUGGUACUAGUAAAAGUAACACUAGCAGUUAUUACAACAGUAAGAGCAAUGGUAUCAGUGAUAUUAAUAAAAACAAGUGGAGCUCAAUGUUUGAUGACCAGAUACGAUUACCACCGCCAAAUCCGGCUAUGGCUCCAAGUUUUACAAAUAUACUAACUUCGGAGUACAGUAAGAAGCCAACUGAGUACACAAAGAAGCCUACAGAAACCUCUGAACAUAGUAAAAAAGCUACUAAAACCGUUGGCGAAGAUUCAAAGUCUUUACUGUACAGUAAACAAGAAGAAACGACUAGUAAAGCUAAAGAAGAAGGUAAAGUAACUUCAGAAGUUAAGCCCCGUAGAUCACCUUCUACUGACAGUGAAAAAACUACUGUAAAAACUGUAAAUUACACUAAAAAUUCUAAAGAUGUCGUUGCUAAGGAGCAACAUGACAAGUGCCAACGCCAUAGCAGCCAUGAUCAACAUCAUCAAAAUGAGCUCCGUAAAGCCAAUAAUGAGUUUAUCAAAAGUAAGGAUAGUAAGAGUAGAUCAACAAGUUUGGAAUCUCAAAGUGACAAAAGUAACAGUACCAUCAUCAAAACUACAGUAUCUACGUCAUAUACUGAGCCCAGUAGCCAUAGUAAAACUGUUGGUACAAAUAGAAGUUUGAGGUCAAGGAGUAGCAGUAACGAGGAUUACAGUAACCAUAGUAAUAGAAGUCAUGAUAGUUACAUUAACCAUAGUACUGAAAGCAAUGAAAGUUACAGUAAUAAGAUUAAUGGAAACAAUGUUGAUUACAAUAACUACAAAGACGCUGUCAAUGAUAAGUACGCUAACUCCAUAAUUUCAAGCAAGGAAAGCCAUAGCGUACACAGUAGAAGCAACGAUGACUACAGUAGUAAUAAUGUUCUGAACAAGAGAGUGCAGAGCAAAGAGAGAGACUUUACAGAAGAAAACGUAUCCAAAAUCCAAUUAUCAGAGAAGUUCAGUUCCAAGUUAAAUAGUAUUUUAAAUUCUCAGAUGCAGAAGUCAUAUCACGGUGAUGAAAUGGAACGGCCAAAGGUAAGCAAGGGUAUACUGUAUUUUACAAAAAUAUGCUAAUUUUUCACUGAUUUUUAACUAUAUAUUUGUUUAUUAACGUAUAAUUAGGUUUUGCUCUUUUUUAUUUUACCAAAUUUUACCUUUUCCUUAAAUUCUGGGUCUCACCACGAAUACCUGCCAUCGCGAUUUAACGGCUUUAAACCCUCUUGAAACUGGCCGAAUAGAGCCGGGUUUAUUACGAAAAUUAAAAACAAAUUAAACCGGCCUUAUUUUUGUGUUUUGAUCCCACCCCCUCAGGGCAUUCUCGCUUUUAUUCGGCCGAACAACUGGCCCUUAGGGCCGCUGAUCCGGGGUUUUUCGCUUUGUUACGUAAUUCUGUCAGCAUCGAUUUUCAUAUUAUUACUUUUAUUUCAAUCGAGCCGUAUUAUGUGACUUUAUAGCAUUUUUUGAAGCAUAUGAGUAAUAAUAGAGUAAUGCGAUAUUAUAGUAGAUAUCAAAUGUGAUAUCAUAGUAGGCAUCCAACACAACAUAAUAUUAUAUUAUAGUAGGUAAUGGUAAAAAGAAGUGAUGGAUAAUAAAUAAAUGACAAAAAUAGAGUUUCUCAACAAUAUUAUUUUAAAAUUUGUUUUUAGUUACCUCGACUGGGCUCAUUACCACCGCCAAUCUUAUUGAUCACAUCCCCAAGUGCUCCAUCUAGCCCAAUAUCACCGCCAGUCCAGCGACCAUUCCAGAUCUUCAAAAUGAGCGAGCUGAGCGAUGAGGAAUGUAGUGGGGAAAGCGAGUAUGAAUAUGAAGGUAAGGAUGCUUUGAAAGUUGAAUCAAAAUAAUUGUGAAAAGAUCAGGCGACCAGAGGAAAUUUUAAAAUUAAAAAUUGCUUUUAAAUACGUAUUUUAAUUAAUUAAUAAUUUUUGAUUUGUUUAAAAUUUUUAUUUUUAAAAUUUGAAUUGGAAAAGCUUUUACCUAAAUACGAAAUACGUUUUGGCUCUUUUUCGUGAGGGUUCGAGUCCGCUUGGAUACCCAUGUGGUCUUUGCCAAAUUCCAAUGAAUGUUCUCUAUUGAUUUUCAUCUAUGAAUAAUCAAUUGAUGUUGAUCUACUGAUAAAAGACAUCCUAGAGAUGGUAUUACCACAGUUUCGUGAUUCACUCUUUUUUGAAACAAAAGUUAUGGGUUGUCAAAUUUGAACAUAUACCAUAAUUUUUGAGGUUAUAUAACUUCACUCAAAAGUUUGUCAAACUCAUAUUAAAUUUUUAAAAUACAGGCGAAAAGUGUCAUUUCAAGUCUAAAAAUGAACGUCUUUUCAAAGUUUAAAAAUUCAAAAAUUCAGUAGAACUACCCUUUUACGUAGUUUGUUUAUAAGAGUUGUUUGACCAAACAAUAAGAUGUUUAUUUGCAGAAUACGAGGAAUGGGAAACAGAAGACGAUGAAGACGAGCACGAUGUCAACGCCUCCAUAACCAUCAUGCUCGCUGACGAUGCUAAGGGUCGGUUUUUGCGUGUUUAGGUGAGAAUGCGAAUGUUUUCGUUGUGGGACCAAAAUCUUUGUUGUAGUAUUUAAAUUGUAAAAAAAGUUGUUUUUUAAGCUUGUUUUCAUCAAUUUUUUAAUUUAAAUAUUACCUAAAAUAAAAAAAACAUUUUUUUUAACUUCAAACGUAAAUGUGUUACUAAUUAUGCCCUAAAGUACUCAAAACAUCCCGUUCAAACAGAUUUUUGAUACCAUUUUCCAUCGGAAAGAUAAAUCUGGGUGCGUUCCUGAUUAAUGUCCUCGAACUGCUGUCCCUCUCGAAAUACGAAAAGCCAUCUGGGCAUGUAGAUAUUCCAGAUCCGAACACUUUGCAUCCGACCGCCGCCCAGAAACUUCGCUCUUUAUCGCCCGAGGACUUUGAAAUUACUUUACCGCCGGUCGAGAAGAAGGAACCUCAGAGGCGGAUGUCCACACUACCUCCACCACCCAUCUUUACCGCAUCUGUCACGUGUGAUGGCAUGAACUGGGACAGUAAGGAUGAGAGCGAGGUCUCGGAUGAGGGUGAGUUUACAGUAGUUUUUGGUUAUGAUAGGUUGGAGGGGUUAGGGUUACUGUAUAUUUUUUGGUAUUGUAAAACAUAAAUUAUAUCAAAAAAACUUUUACUAUAAUGCAUUUAAGAAUGCCAUUUUGUUUAAUUUUAUAACCUUUAAAUGAGCCUUUAUAUCUUUUGUCACCCUCCAGUACCAAACUGCUAUUUUAGAUUACUAUGCAUCAGCAGCUAGUCGAAUGGACGGUCCUUCAAGCCUAGGUGUAUAUCUGACUCCAGAACCCUAUUCGAGUGAAGGAGAGUACGAUGGGAACGUUGAUGUUGGAUGCACAUUAACAUUGGCAGAUCGUGCUGCUUUAGCGGAUUCUGAAGAAUGUAGCGACGAAUCUGAUUAUACUGUAUCUGUUUUAAUUUUUAGCUUGUUUUUGAUGAUUUAGGUAACAAAUUAUUGAAAAGCUUUUAGAGAAUAUUAUUUUUGGUCUUUUAAAUGCAAAAUACGACCAAUUGUGCUGGUUCAAAUAAUUCUGUGCUCUCUAACCCCGAAAAUUAGCACUGAGAAAAGCACAGAAUUAUUUGAACAACCUAAUAGUAAUAUUACCAUUUUCAGUACGAAGACGAAGAGAUCUGGACAGAAGAAGAGUACAGUGAAGAAGGGAGCGAAGCUGUCACUGAAGAUGUAAGUCACCAUAGAUAAGAUAUAUAUUGGUUUGCUUUUAGGAGACUGAAGCUACCUUUGUCGUACCAUUACCUACAACUUGUACUCAAAUAGAGGAUGAAAUUGAAGAUUUUGUGUAAGUAUACAGCAAUAUCAUUUUUUAAACCUUUAUAUCGAAUUAAAAAUUUAAUUUAUAUUGUUCAAAAGACGGAUUGUUUCACAAAUUUUGGCAAAUUCACUAUUUUUCUGUUUUUAAUUAAAAAAGUUUUAAUUUUUUUUAAAUUUUUCAACUUUUAAUUUAAAUGUUGUGUUCUAGAGAAAAGAUACCAGAGAUUCAAAAGCCAAUAGCAGUUGAAGUUACCUCACUGCCAGACAAGAGUUCUAUUCGAAAGGCACCAGCCAAUAUGACACUGGAAGAUGAACAACGAUUAGAGAAAGAGAAAAAGGUAUGAUUAGAUGAGGACUUUAAGGGAGUGGCCAAGGGAAGGAUGACUUUUUCACAAAAAAGAAAUAUGUAAAAUGGAAAUAUUUUUAUCCCCCCCCCCCCCCUCUUCUCUCAAAAAUGCCCUUACCUCUCACCAGGCAGAAAUUAUCUUACUAGGCUUUGAUAAUGACGCUUUGACUAUAUUGUUGUGAGUAUAAUAUUAGGUUGUUCAAAUAAUUAUAUGUCCUCUAACCCCAAAAAUAUGCUCUAGAAAGGGGCACAGAAUUAUUUGAAAAAUUUAAUGUACUCAAUUUACAGGAAUCAGACCAACGAAACAGAUCUUCGAACCUAAUCAGUUCGAUGAAACAAAAGUUCCGAGAUCCAACCCCACCUAAAGAGGAGAAGAUAACUUACAAAAGAAGCAGCCGGCUGGAGCCGAAAGACGAGAUCAGGCCUAAAAAGACCUAUAAAGUGGUGAAACCUGUCAUCAAUGACGAGUUUGACAAGCAGGUAGGUAGUUAAUGGAAGAAACUUUGUUUACAAACGCAUUUUUUUAUUUUUUUUAUAUUUAAAAUUCAAAAAAAAUCUAUAAAAUGCAAAAACUUUCUUCUUACAAAAUAUUUUUUCAAUUUUAAAAUGAUAAGUUUUAAAAUUUCAAUUUAAACUUUAAAACACAAAAAAAUCUAAAAAUACAAAAACUUUGUUUCCAGAUGGCCGAACUCCGUGAGCAGAUGAAGAACAAGGACCAGCAACUGAGAGGCGAGUUCAAGAACCUGAGUCAAGGCAUAAACACGAGACAAAACGACCUCAACUUGAAGCUGAAGGAAGAGAAGCACAAAGAGCUGAUCGAGAAGACUUCUGAAUCCUUCAAGUCAGCCGACGAAGAGAAGAAGAAGUGGAUUCAGCAGUUCCAGACAGCCGACAAGGAAAAGGAACAGAUUCAGAAGACGGUAGGGGUACUGUAACAUUAUAAUCUUAAGGAAUAGAGAAUACUAUAUACUGUAACAAAAUAAUCUUAGAAGCCAAAAAGUACUGUAACAAAUUAGGUUGUUCAAAUAAUUGUGUGCCCCUAUAAUCUACUUUUAUCAUGUUAAUUCUACAUUAAUAUAACCUAAAGUUGCAUUAAAAGCUAAGCAACCUCAAUUAAGUGGUACCUACUACGAUAUGACAAUAUAAAUCUUAUAUAAAUCAUGAUUUUAGGUAAUAUCCCAACCAGAAGAGAUAGAAAUAGAACCUCGAAAAUACACAAAACGGGUCAAAAAACCAAAGAUAGAAGAAGAAAAGACUGCGACAGUAAACGAUGGUAUGUUAUGUCAUUAAAGAAUGGGGGGGGGGCUAGAAGAAGGGGGAGGGGCGAAGAUAGUGACAAUUACUUUAUUGUUAGUUAAGUGUUAUUGUAGGUCACCUUUCCUUUUUUAUGAUUUUAUAGUAAUAAACGAAAGCGCUUGACCUACAAUAACGUGGUUUUGUAUUAAUGUAUUUAAAGUACUGUAAGUUAUUGUAAAAUAAAAGUUGGUUGAUAAAAGUAAAAUACGCUAUGUGUUUUGGUAAGGUACGAGUAAAUGUAGGUAAUAAUCAAAGAUUUUGUUUUAGUUCAAGUCACAAAAGCUGAACCAGUCAUCGAUGCCAAACCAGAACUUACUAUUGCUCAAAAGAAGGUAAUUAACUUGAUAUAUUACUACGAUUUUAUCAAACAUGUAGGAAAUACAGUAUAAUCUCUUAACCUGGCCUACCCUACCCUACCCUACCCUACCCUACCCUACCCUACCCUACCCUACCCUACCCUACCCUACCCUACCCUACCCUACCCUACCCUACCCUACCCUACCCUACCCUACCCUACCCUACCCUACCCUACCCUACCCUACCCUACCCUACCCUACUCUACCCUACCCUACCCUACCCUACCUUAACCUACCCUGUUCUGCAAUGCCAGUAUCCUGCCUCUCCCCAUAUUACCCUACUCUACCUUACCCCAAUCUACCCUAAAUUACCUUACUAUACAAUACCUUAACCUUACCCGAGUAAUAAUACCUGACCUUGUUCAUCUGCCAAGAGUAAUAUUAUGUUACGACUGUUUACAAUUAGUUGUUUGUUCAACACAUGUUGAACCCUUUUUAACUCGGGAUUCUCGGAUUUUAAAGUUUAUUUGUCUAAAGGAUGGGACGAGCUCAGCCUUACAACCCUCAAAUUACAGUAGGCUUUCGGUAUUUUAAGUUUGAGUACGGUAACACCGAUGAUUAUAAGGUAUGAUAAGGCGUAUUGGCUGUAUAAUUAGCAUAGUAUUAAAUUAUUUAUAUUUUUUUAGUUUAAAGCGCAAAAACUUUAGUAUGCUAUACUAGCAAAACGCUUGAUUUCAGAGCAACUAAGAGCUAUAGCAUAGCAGUACAAAUAUAUAGAGAGAACCGAUUGUAAUGUACAAAAACAACACUAUAAUGAAUAUAAUUUUUGUAUCUUACUGUUGUUUACAGAUCCUACUCGAAAACAAGACGGAAAACAUUGUCAUCUCGAAGGAACGCCGCAAGUCCAUCCCCAGCUCUCGACGAAAGACUCGAGAGUUGAUUAAUCUGACAGGAGAAGAUGAAAAUGGAAACAAAGUUGUCAAAAUCAAAAAGGUAAACAUCUUUUUGUAUUAUUUUUACUUUUUAUGCAAUUUUAUUGAUAACGAUAGGUAAAAUCAAGGCCGAGAGAGAGGUAGACAGAGGUACAGAAGGGGGAAGAUCAGGCUCUUUCGCCUAAUUUUUGGCAUUUUUUUGCCAUAAAGAUGGUUUUUAAAUAAAAGAAGGACUGAACUAUAAAAUUACAGGUCAAGAAACGAAGACAUCAGAUUCCGAAGAACAGAUUCACUCGAAAACCCUUUGACAUCGACGAUUUCCUUGGACUUUCGGCUUUCAGCGACGACUUUGACAAGGUAAAUCACGAACUCUUUAUCGAAAAAUUCCAUUUCUAACGUACUAUUUAACCUAAUGCUAACUUGCUACCGGUUUUUACUUUGAAUUUGUCACACAUAACGGUACAUAUUUAGGCAUAUUACCUAUUUUUUACCUAAAAAUCUCUUACAAGUUACCUAACUCAAUAUUCCAGAUGGACGAGCACUUCUCUUUGGACGUCAGUAUAUACAGUAAUAUGGAGAUUGAAAAGAAACGUAAAUUUGCUCCACAGAAAGUAUGGAUUAGUCAGUUGACAGACAUCGACCGCCUUUAUCGACCGGCCGAAAUACGCGAUAUUAAGUUAGACGCUUUCACUUAAACCUCUCGUUAUUGUUUGUUGUUAUGUAAAUAAAUGAACUUUUAUCGUUUUAAGAACAAAAUAUAGUUAGAAAUUUGUUUUUGAGUAAAACGUCAACAGUAAUGCCACAAAAUGUCACAAUUUUCUGUCAAACGUAACAAAGUUAAUUUUUUAAUUAUAAAUAACGUAAAGAUAAAUAGAAUUGCUAUUUUAAAAUAGAUCUUGAUAAAUCACAGAUCAGUGAAAGUCAAGUUUGAUCAAAAAUGUGCCAAAACUAAAAUACGAUCAUAAACUUGACUCGAGUCAAGCCUUCCUCCUCAAUUUCGCGCCAUUUUUCUGCUUUGAACGCGAAAAAUAAAGAAAUUCUCGAUAUUUUUGCUCUUACUUUUGUCGUUUACCUAGAAAAGCCUUGAAAUUAUGUCGAGAAUGUUGUAAAUACAUAACAUUAUAUUUUUCUCUUUUAACAGAUUUUUAUUUUUCUAGAUGUUUUACGCUCAGUUUGUAUUGGCUAAAAAAGGACCGUUGGCCAGAAUCUGGUUGGCAGCACAUUUGGAAGAGAAGUUAAAGCGAAGGGAUGUUGCAGAUACAGAUCUUGAACAGGCAAUCAACGAAGUACUAAGGCCCAGAGUAAGUUUAUUUUGUUUUAUUACUAUUAUUUUGUCUUUAGAUCAAAAUCUCGCUCCGCACAACUGGUUUUUUGUUGUUUGGGAUUUGCAAAAUUCACAAUCAGAAGGUCACAUAUCUGCUCCUUGAUGCUUACCACAUCAGGAAUAGAUUGCUAUGUUUGGAUUUCAAGAAACCGGAGAGAAAACGACCAGUCGAUCGACCACCUCAAGUGCGAGAUCCAAACGAAACAGUUGAAGAAGCCAAUGUUUAUGAGCUAGAUGGAACUCUGGUUAACAUGCAAGACUUCCAAGAUCCUCCAGGACCGCAUUACUCAGCCAGAGCUAAUAUUAAUGAUAUUACACUACAAGAACACGAUGUCAAUGACGUUAAUCUGUUGGACGUCUAUGAUAACAUGGAUUUGGCUGGAGAUUUGGAUGUUGAGUACGAAAGAGCUCAAAGUCUUCUCAGGUCGUUCAGAGAUGGCUCAGCUUUGCCAGCAGAAAGGGUGGAAGGUCAAGAUAAUAACGAUGUUCAUCAUGAUAUUGAUGUCGAGCAUGGAUUCGAAGACAACAUUCACAUGUUAAGUAAUAUCGACGAGAACAUGGAGAUUGAUAUGGAUGUGUCAGCUGAGCAAGCUCGUCAUGAGAGUAAUGUUGACCGAAUGUCAUUACCUUCUUUUGAUCACGUUCCUCAUGAAGACGCAGAAGUUUUGGAUAAGAUGAUGGAGUCGUUCAACCGACCGGUCGAAAUGAUGGAGCUGGAUGAAGAAGAUUUUUUAGCUAAUGGAGAAGAUAUUGGUGGAAUCCAGAAUAUUGUUGGAGAUGCUAGAGGUAACUGUUUUUAUUAUUUUAAGCUAAAGUUAUAUUAAAGUAGUGUUUCUUGUGAUUUUUAUUAAUGCUUUGGAUGAUUUUGUUUAAAAUAAUUUAUGUUCUUAACAUACUUUUUUAACCGUUUGUAUAUUUUAGAAUCAGUGGAUUCUCAGCCAUCGUUGGUUUUGGAAUCUUUGACGGAUUCUCAGCUGAAGGCACAAGAAGUGGAAGUUCAGAAGAAGAAGCCAAGAAGGAGAAGGCCUAAGGGAUUAUUGUACGAUGAAGAGAUGGAAUUGGACCCCGAUUUGAUGAAAGAGUGGCAAUCUGACUUUAGGUAACAAUUCUCUCUUAUAUUUUUUUACAUUUUUAGGUAACAAAUUCUAAGCGAUAGUUUAUUUAGGUAAAAUUUUAAAGUUGGUUGUGAAGUAACUGGAUUUUAGUGUAGUUUUACUUUUGUUUCAUGAUUUUUAUCUUAUUUCCAAUAAUACAAUGUCAUUUUAGUGAUCUCCAGAAGCCGUUAGAACUGGCAGCUCCGUCAAAAGGCUUCAUGAAAGCUCAACAACAUGGAUCUCUACAACAAAUUUGGAAUAAUCCAGCGACAGACAUUCAAAUCAAUAAGGAAUUCAUUGAAUUGUAUCAAGAAUGCUUGGUUCCACAUUUGAAGACACAUGUUAAUGAACAGGUAGAAGCAGAACAAGGACGAGAAGCUACAGUUGGAGAUAUCAGGGAGUCAAUGGGCAUGGUCGAUCAGGUAAUUUUUGAGAUUUUACUACGAGUUAGAGGUUGUAAUGGUUAUCUGUUUUGUGAAACGAGCAUUUUUAGGUAUUAAAUUUAAAAUUAUGUUGUUUUAAAGCAUAUUUUAGGCUAAAACUUGCUAAUUUUAUUAGAAUUUUGAUUUUGUUAGAGUAUAUGUUCAUUCUUAAAUUGAUGUGUAUACUUUUUUUAUGCUUUAAUUUUGUAGCCAGAGCCAUUCGACAUUCCCCGACCAGAUUCCACCAUGAACAACUCUAUAUUCGACGCUCCAGUAAUGGAAUCGACAGCUUUGGAACUGUUCGAAAACGACGAAAAUGCUCCGAAUUACUCGAUGCCAAAAGAUAUGACAGUAGAGGAACAGAGAGAUCAGAGUCUGGCACAGGCCAGCCAAACCUCGAGUGCCAUGGGUGAGAUGCAAGAUCAGAUGGCAAGGAAAGAGCUGAGCCAGGAGCGGCACAAUGUAGAAGAAUCGGCUACACGGUUGAUGAAUAGAAUCGAGUCUGAAUGGAGUCGACAGGAAACUCGAGGAGUAAGUGGAUUACUGUAUUUUGGGGUUGUAGUAAAGAAUUGCCAGCAGGUCUUAAAAAUGUUAAAAACUGUCUUAAAGUUAAAACAAUUAAUGUAAAUCCUCGUUUUAGGAACCAAAACUAGCCGAAUUCCGUCGUAUCAUCCAAUGGCAAGCCCCAGCACGAGUCUUGGCGGCCGAAUUCUACGCUCUUCUGGAGUUGACAACGAAGAAACCUAUUGAAAUAAAGCAAUCUCAAGCCUACGGCCCUAUCUUCAUCAGACCUCCAAUACACAAUUUGUAA